AUGAAAGCUUUAAAAAGUAAAUCAGAAUACGUAUUAAAUAUAAAAGAGACAUAUGAAGAAAACCUAGAAGAUUAUAUAGAUAAUAAUUGUCAUAUUAAUAAUUAUAAUUUGUAUGACUAUAUUGAGAAAACAAAAAAAUCGAAUUCUUAUAAUAAUAAAAAUCCAAAUAAGAAUGAUCAGACGAGUAAAAUUUUGAACUAUUUGUUAGAGGACUUUUUUUCAUCAAGUGAAAAUACUUUUGAUUUUUUAAGUUUACAAGAAGAAAAUACGAAAAAUAAUUCUAAUUUAUGUGAAGUAGAAGGUAAAAAUAACGUAGAUAAUGAUGCAAAAGAAAAUCAUUCAAAAAAUAUCUUGUGCGAAAAAAUUUUAAAUCAUUUAAAGAAUAGAGAGCAAAAUUUAUCUCAAAAUAAGAAAUUUCAAAUUAUUCUUAAUUUUUUGAAAGAAAAUAUGAAUUAUUGUAAAAAUAAAAAAGACAUUUUAGAAGUUAAUAACAUAACAAAUAAUGCAAAGAAUAGUUCAUUUAUUAGCAACAAAAAUGAAAGUAAAGAAAAGAAUAAAAAUUUUGUAAAUGUAAAAAAUGAAGAAAUAAAAAACUACAAUUCAAAAACAAAUAAAGAACCUUGUUAUUAUACUAUAAAUAACAAUAAUGAAAAUGAUAAUUAUUCAAAUUAUAAUGAUUAUAAAAAUUUAAACUUAGAUGAUUUGAAAAUAGAUGAAAUUAUCUUUGGAACUAAAAACUACAGUAAAAAACAGGAAUUUAAAGAAAAAAAAUUUAAUAAUCAUAUUAUUAAGUCAUCGGAAAUAUCUUAUAUAGUAAAUAAAGAAUUCAGCAAUGAAGAUGCACCUUCAAUAGAUUUUUCAAGAAAUAAUAAUAUAAAUGUUUGUAAGAAUUUUUCGUUUGAUAAUAAAGAAAAAAUGUUAGAAGAUCAAUCAUUGGACAAAAUGAAUAACAUAAAUAAAUUAUUUAAUAGCAUAUUUUUUUUUAAUAAUAAUAAAGGUUAUGAUAAUAUUAAAAAAUGUCCUGAUAUUUAUCAUAAUAGUAGAAAUAAUUUAUUUAAUAGUAACAAUAACUGCAUGAAUUAUAAUAUACUUGACAAUGAAAAAAAAAAUAUUAAUAACAGCAAUAAAGCUUUUAACAAAAAUGAUAAUGAUAGCAAGAAUGAUAUUAAUAGUAUUAAUAAUAAUAGUUAUAAGAAUAACUAUAAUAAUAUUACUAGUAGUAAUAAUUUUAAUAGUAACAGUAAUAAUAAUAUAAAUAAUAAGGAAGAUAACAAUAUAAAUUAUAAUGAGAAUCAUAUUAAUAGGAAUUAUAAUCAGAAUCAUAUUAAUAAUAAUAAUAACCAUAUUAAUAGUAAUAAUGAUGAUAAUAAUAAUAAAAGUAGUAAUGAAGUAAUUGAAAAAGAAGUAAAUAAAGUUAAUAUAAAUUCUAAUAUUUUGUCAAAUAUGUAUGAAACGAAUUUUUUAAAAUAUUCUGUUAAUGAAGUAAAUGAAUACAAGUUUUUUGAUGCACGUAUAAAUGAGAAAAAUAUUUCUCCUCAGAGUUUUGAAUUAUCCUCUAGAUACUGUAAUAGUAAUUUAAAUGCUAAAAGUACAAAAAAAAAUUACUUAGAAAAUACUGAUACUGAAAAUAGCAUUAAUUUACAUGAAGUUGAUUUGAAUUUUAUGAAUGAUGUACCUUAUAACUUUAGGGAAAUAUAUGAAAAAUCAAAUAAUGAAAUUAAUAAUUAUAUAGAAAAAAAUAAUUAUUUUGAAAAUAUAUAUGAAAAUAAAGAAAAUAUAAUUUUCUCUAAUGCAUAUAAUAAGAAAAUAAGUGAUCAUCAUGAAGUAGAACAAAAAGAUAUAUUUUUAAAAAGAAAUCAAAAUAAUAACAGUAAUAAUAAAUGUUUUAUAUAUGAUGAAUCUAACUUAGAUAAUAAUACUUUAAAUAAUGUUAAAACAGAAAAUAAUAAUGAAUUGAAUAAUAUAUGUAGCCCUAUAUCUAAUUUUAAUAACGAAAAUAGUUUAUUAAACAGCUUUAAUAAUAUAGAUUCUAUUUUUCAUAACAACUCAUUAAAUGUAAAUUUAUUUUUAAAUAAUUUUAAUAUGAAUAAUUUAAAGAAUAAAAAUGAAACAGAAUCAUUUUCAAAAGAAAAAUAUGUGGGAUAUUUUGAUGAAGAAAUAAAGAAUCAUCUUAAACAAGAAAAAAAUAAUUUAGAAAGGCAAAUAAAUAGAAAUGGAGAUGAAAUAUAUUCAAAAAAACAUAACUCUAACCUUCCUAAUGAAAAAAAUAAUUUUUUAAAGUUCAGCAAAAUUACAAGCAUUUAUAAUAAUGAUGAAUCUUUUUAUACUCCCAUGCCAUAUGAAUUAAAUAAAAAUGGAAUUACUUCAAAAAUAAAUAAUGAAGAAGAAAGUAAUUUAUCAUAUGAUUUUGAUUGUAAUCAAGAAAAAAUUAUUAAAGAAGAAAAUAAUAUCACAAAAGAUAUUAAAAAUAACUGUUCCCAUAAUAAAACAAUGAAUAAAGUGGAAAUUAAAAAAACUUCGAAUAGAUUAUUAUUAAACAAUUAUGAAGCUUAUUUUGAAAAUAAAAAAGGAAAAAAUUUGAGUAGAAACCAAUCAUUACAUAGUGAAAAAAAUACUGAAUCCUGGGCAAAUUAUAAAAAAUAUAUAUAUUCUAAAAGUAGUAAUAAAAAUAUGAAUAAUUUUUAUAAAAAGAAAAAUGAAGAAAAAAAAUAUUUAACAAAAUCACAUAGUAAUACAAAUGUGAACAGUUUAACGAAUAAGUCGAAAUAUUUUCUGAACAAAAAAACUAAUAAUACAAAUUGUUUUAAAGAUGAUAUGUUUGUAUUUCAUAAAAAUUUAGAAAGUAAUAAUGAUUAUAAGAAGUUUAAAAGUAAUGCCCAGUUAAAAAAUGAAGAAAAUAAUAAUAAUAAAAAUAUAAAAUUAUCUUUAAACUAUAUGAAUGAUUCCAACAGGCCAUUUUUAAAAAAUUCACACAACAUGAAUAUAAUAUAUAAUAAUAGCAAAAUUCAGAGUGAUAGAAAUAAUGAUAUAACUAAUACUAUUAUUUUAAGUAAAAAUAGUAUUUUAACUGAUAUAAAUCAAAUAAAAAACUCUCCAAAUGAGAGUAUUUCCAGCAAAAUGAAUAAUGCUAUAAGUAAUAUGACACAUGUGAAUAAUAUGCACAACUUUCAUCCUAUGAUUUAUGAUAAUAAUAAAGAUAUUAUAAAUAAUGAUGUUAGCAAUAAUAAUAAUAAUAAUAAUAAUAAUUAUAACAAUAAUAUAUAUAACGAUAAUGAUAAUAAUUGUAAUAACAUAAAUAAAAUCAAUAGUGAUUAUGAUGAUGAUAAUAUAUAUAAUAAUAAUAGUGAUUGUGAUAAAUAUGAUAAUUAUAAUAAUAGUAAUUACAAAAAUAAGGAUAACAAAAAUAAUAAUCAUUAUGAUGAUUAUGAUAAUGAUGAUUAUAUUAAUAGUAAUAAUAUAAAUAAUAUUGAUAUAAUUUAUGAUAAUGAUAAUACAAAUAAUAAUAAUAAUAAUAAUAAUGAUAGCAAUAAUAGUAGUAGUAAUAAUAGUAAUAACAAUGAUAAUAAUAUAAAUAUUAGUAAUAAUGAUUAUAUUAAUAAUGAUAAUAAUAUAAAUAUUUGUAAUAAUGAUUAUAUUAAUAAUAGUAAUAAUAAUAAUGACAACACCAAUGAUAAAAAUAAAGAAAACAAUAAUAAUAAUGAUAGUGGUAAUAGUACAAAUAAUAAUAUUAAUAAUAAUGAUAGUACAAAUAACAAUUAUAAUUAUAAUGAUAAUAACAAAAAUAAGGAUAAUAGUAACAAUAGCUAUGAUAAUAAUUAUAACGAAAGUAAUAACAAUGCUAAUACAAAUGGUAUGAAUAAUAAUGUCACAAAGGUGAGUUCAAAGGAUAGUAAAUUGGAUGGUUUUAAUACUCAUAAUAAGAAGGGCAAUUCAAAAAAGAUGAAAUUUUCUAAUAAUUUAGUGCUAAACAAUAAUUCUAAAAAUAUGAAAAAUUACUUUUUUAAAGAUUUCCAAAAAUCAAAUAAUAAUAACAUAUCAAAAAAUGAAAUAUCUUUUCAAAACUCAAGAAAUAUAUAUAACAGUGGUAAUAACAGAAAAGAAAGAAAAAAAAAAAAAAUGACUAAUUCCAAUUCUUGCAAUGAUUUACAAAAUUACUAUAAUGAAAAAAAAAAUAAUAUGAAAAAUACUGCUUUAACGAAAAGUAUAUCUGCGAAUAACUUAAAUCUUUAUUCUAUUCUUUAUGAUGCUAUCCUCUCACUAUAUGAUGAAAGAAUUAAACCAACUGAAAAGGAAGUUGUAAGAAAAUUAAAAGAGUUAAAUAUAAACUCAAAGUUUAUAAAGAAUAUCUAUUUUUAUAUUAGUUCUUAUCCAGAAUUUAUAAUUGAAAAAGAAGAAAAUUCUGAUACAUGGGUGGUUUAUUUAAAAAAUGAACCAGCAGAUUUUAAAGGCUUUUUCGAUCCUUGUGAUAAAGAUGCUCCAUGUGAUGAAAACGUAUGGAAUAGCUUUUUAAUUUAUUUAAUAGAAAUUAUGAAAAACCAAUAUUGUAAAGCAGAAAAUGACAAUCAAGGGAACAAUAAACAGAAAGAUGAAGUAAAUGAAAACUUUAAAGAAAAUAAUGAAAAUGGAUUACAAUCUUCAAUAUCAGAAAAUACCUUGCUAAAUAAUAAGUUAGAAAAUGAUAAUUUUUCAAAAACUAAUGAAGAAAAUUCUAUACCUAUUUUAAGCUUUAGAAAAAAAAAUAAGAAAGAUAAUGUUGAUCAAAUAUAUAGGUUUAAAGGAGGAAGGUACAACAUGGCUGUAGAACUAAAAAAUAGAAAUCUUUCAUUUUUAAAAAAUUUAAAAUUAGGAGAAAUCUGCCACUUAAUUCAAAAAUCUAUAUCUCUCAAUAUCUUGCGUUAUGAAGAUAAAUAUUUACAACCAUUAUGUGCUUGUAAUAUUGUUGUCUUUUCAAGUAUGUUCUCAUUAGGUUUAAAUGUAGAACAAAAAUAUGGUGUAACUACUUCAUCACAAUUAGGUUUCCCUCAUUUAGGUGAUAUAGAAAUUCACCCAAUCAGAACUAUCGAACAAGUAAAAAAAUGUUUAAAUGAAAUAUUAAAAAACUUCCCAUUAGGAGCUGCCAUUGGUCAUUUAAAGAAAACAAUAAUUGAAAAAUAUGGCUUAUAUAUAUGUCCAAUGAUAUUUAGGUAUACCCGAUUGUGCCCCUUAUUGGCUUCAGAUUUGUUUUCUAAUACAUGUAGAGUUUUUAGUGAUACAAAUCAUAGAAUUUUUGUUCAACUAGUUCAUUUUGAAAUGCCUGAAAACGUUACUCUUUAUACCCCUAAAAAGGCAAAAAAAGAAGAGUCCUCUACAGAAAAUGCUAUUACUUAUUAUGAAAACUUAUUUAAAAAAAAUAUUUCAUAUAUAUUUAAUGAAGUAUAUUACUCGAAAAAAUACGAAGAACUUUUUUAA